UCUUUCGCUCUCAGAAUCCUCUUCAAGUCUCUGUUUCAUAAAUAAACAAAUAAAGAAGAAGAAACAGAGCAUUAAAAUCUUCAUAUUCUUCUUCUUCUCCAAUUCAAUGGCUCUUACGUUGCCAUUGAUCUUCCUUAUAUUCUCUCAUUUGUUCGUUUCUGGAGUUAGAUCUACGAGCUUCAUAAUGGUGAACAAAUGCGAAUACACAGUGUGGCCGGGACUUUUAUCAAACGCCGGAGUUCCACCACUUCCGACGACCGGAUUCGUACUCCAAAAAGGCGAAGAACGAACAAUCAACGCUCCAACUUCAUGGGGAGGAAGAUUCUGGGGAAGAACUCAAUGCUCCACCGACACCGACGGAAAAUUCACUUGCCUCUCCGGAGAUUGCGGAUCCGGAACCCUCGAAUGCUCCGGAUCCGGAGCAACACCACCAGCAACACUAGCGGAAUUCACACUCGACGGAUCUAACGGUCUCGAUUUCUACGACGUAAGUCUCGUCGACGGUUACAACGUCCCGAUGCUAGUGGCUCCACAAGGAGGCUCUGGUUUAAACUGUAGUAGCACCGGAUGCGUUGUAGAUCUGAACGGUUCGUGUCCGUCGGAGCUAAAAGUGACCAGUUUAGACGGUGGAGGUAAACUAUCUAUGGGAUGUAAAAGCGCGUGUGAAGCUUUUCGUACGCCGGAGUAUUGUUGCAGCGGCGCGUACGGUACACCUGACACGUGUAAACCGUCGUCGUAUUCUUUGAUGUUUAAAACCGCGUGCCCACGUGCUUACAGCUACGCUUACGAUGAUCAGAGUAGUACCUUCACAUGUGCCAAAUCUCCUAAUUACGUUAUCACGUUUUGCCCAACGCCUAACACCAGUCAAAAAUCAUCUCAAGAUCAGAGCCCAGAUCCGAAACAGACGACAGCACCGGGAACAUCGUCGACAACUUCUGCCGGAGGCAGUAGUACGACGUGGUCACCGGAAGAUACAUCGAUGAUAUACGAAGGAGCUUUGGAUCAGAGCAAAGGAUCACCAUCCAGUUUUCAACAUCCAUCACAAUUCGCUAUUCUCCACUUUUCUGUUAAAGCUUCCUCCACCGCAACGAAUUUUCACGGCGACGGAAAAGAAGAAAGUCCUAUCUCUAUGUGUCUCAUGGCGUUAUCCGACGCGGUUCUCGGGAAUCUCGCGACGAUCUACGUGGCGGUGAUUAUCGCGAUUAAAGCCUACGGAUUAAUCACCGGGAGGAGUUUCAGCGCUGGAUUCGUCGUCGUCGUUUCGAUUACGGCGGUCGGUGUUUUGCUUGCGGUUACGCUUGCUUGGGAUGUGUCUCGUAGAGCAGCGGAUGCGGUUUCGCGGUACAAUCGCGUUGGUGGUGAUGAGGAUCUUAGCCACCACCGUCACCAUCACGACGGUGGUGCGAUUUGUAAAGGAGGGAUUUGCUGGCACGGCGUUGCGGUUCGGUCACCGGCUUCACAGAUGUUCUUGUUUUCUUAAUAGAAUCGAUUUUGAAUUCAAGAGCUGCAGUGUUAUUUGAUUUGAGUGUUGAAACUGCUUGGCGAAACUCAGUCUUUCCAGUGAAUCAAGAUUGUGGGUUGAAAUUGUAAAGGAUUCUUAAUGAAGAGAGUUAAACGGAGUAAUGAAGAUUUUUUUGAAAC